AUGAGUCAAACCGGGAACGGUCGAAUCAGUAGUAGUUCGGGAACGCCGGAUACCAUUUCAUUUGUCAAGAGUAAAUCACAAGUCCCCAAGGGCGGCCAUUUCAGAGUCCGUUACCAUGUAACAAUACUAGUGCUGAUAACGAUGGGUGUGGUGGAGAUGUUGGCCCAUUACCUCUUCAACUGCAAUGACAGUUUUACUCACAUGGUCGGAGCGAUCGUGGCUUUGUUUAUGGGUUUCUUCGCUUAUGAAUGGGUUUGGAUUCAUUCGCCAGCACUGACUCGAAACCGCAAAGCUCACUUCGACGAAGCCAACAUCUUGGAGACGUAUCAGCCGAGGGCUCGGACUAUGGGACACAUGUUUACGGUGGGUUUAGGUUUUGUUUUACAUUCUAUUUUGUUUUUCUUGGUGCCGUAUUUCAAAGUUUGUAUAUAGUAAAGAGUUAACCAUAGUUUUCAAAGGCUUUAGAGUUGGCUCCGGUAUCGGCUUUUGAGCCAACUCUGGCUCUGGCGCUGAAGCAAGAGUUGACAAAAAAGAAAAGCUGAAGCCGGAGCCAAAACUUUUAAAUUUAAAAAAUCUGGUCAUCUUUAAAUUAUUUUAAAAAUAAUGGUUUUCUUUACAAAAACGUUAAAUUUUAUGCAUUUUUCACAUUUCGCUACAUAAAAACGUAAAGAAGGGCCAGGCUUAUGCUUUUUGUUAUUCUUAAAGCCAGGCCCAAGUGGAAUGUAGCUUGUUGGCUGAGCCUGGAUUGGAAAUUUUAAAAAUUAUUUUCAAAAAAACUUUUAAAAAAAAUAAUUAAAAAACGAAAAAAUUUAAAAUUUUUUUAUUUUCGUAAAAAUUUUAUUUUUUUUUCUAUUUUAGCCCGAUCCACCUACGCCAGGCCCGACUUUCAGCGUCACUGGUGAUGAACUUCCAGAACGAUCGGAAUCAGAAAAAGCAAAGUUCAAUGCUGUUAGAAAUAAUGUGAGUUACUCUGAAAAUUUUUUUUUAAAUUUAAAAGUUCAAAAAAAUUUUUCAAGGUCAUUGUCUAAUCCAACUUUUAGCCCAGAAAAUCAAAAAUUAAAAAAAAAUUUUUUAAGCUCAAGAACCUAAAGUAACACUCUAAUACUCUAAUUUUUCAGCACUACGAAAACAUGUAUCAGCACGCGAUUCAAGUGGCCAAGGAACAAGAAGAAAUGGAAAAGAAAGCAAAGGAAGGAAGCAAGAAGAGUGAGAACGAAAAGGUGGAGAAGAAGGAGGAAGAUCAGCCGGCUUACGAGAAUCUCGAGGAAAUCAUCAAAACCACCCCCAAAUCAAGCUCGGAAAAGAAAACCGACAAAGAUUCUUAA